UAGGUGAUUGUUACAGUCUUGUUCUCGGGAUAUUUGGAAUUAAUUUUUAUAUUGUUAUUUGGCUUGUUCGCUCAAGUAUUUUCAGGCUAUAUGCGUUAUUACUAAAUAACUACGUUAUUUAGGGACGAUACGAAUUUACAAACGAUUUGUGGAUUCAUAUUACAGUACAAUGGCUAACGAGAAUAAUCCUCAAGCACAACAUUUCAAUUUGAGAUGGAAUAACCACUCAAAUAACAUCUUGCAGGUGUUUGCUGAACAAUUGAACUGUGAAAACUUGGUGGAUGUUACCAUAUCUUGCCAAGGGAAAUUUCUCAAAGCUCAUAAGAUGGUGUUGUCAGCUUGCAGUCCAUACUUUCAGGAACUGUUCAAAAUCCAUCAGGUACAACACCCUGUGAUAAUCAUGAAUGGAAUGUCCUAUUCGGACAUAAAACUUGUAAUAGAAUUCAUGUAUCGAGGAGAGAUCAAGGUUCAAGAAGCAGAUCUAGGUGGGUUGUUAUUAGCAGCAGAAACAUUACAGGUCAAAGGUUUGUCAAAUGUAAGGAACAAGUAUGAGAAAGGACAAAUCCAGAAGAAUGAUGCUCUUGAACAUCUGUGUCAGUCAGAUACAAAGAAGCACAGCACAAGAAAGUCAACGGACGAAGAGGGAACUACAAGACAAACCUCUGCAGAAAAGGAUAGUGAGGCCCACUCUCAGACUUCUACCUCGUCUUCCCAGCCGGAGUUUGAUGAUGACUUGCCCGCCACGAUCAAAGUUGAGCCCCCAGACAUACGAGACAUAGAUGAGGAGCCUGAGGCGGCAGUCGCUGGCUGGGACUCACCGAGGCUCAUCAUUGACAUGAAAGAAUCCAAGGAAACUAUGACUGAAGGAAAUCAAACUGACGUUGUUGAAAGGAAACGACCAAAUAUUUUACGCCAGGCUGUCUCGUCCAUAAGAAUUGCUGCUGCUCAGGGGGAGCAUCCCAAUGAAAACAAAGUUAUAACGAAAAAAGAAGAUCAAGGCACGUCCACAUCAGCAAAAUGUUACUUGUGGCCAAAAAGAUCACCAAGCAUUCUCGGGGGAAAGUGGGGUCGGCCAAAGAUUUGUAAAAUCCCACGACCGCCCAACGCUUUUAUGAUCUUUGCCAACGACUGGAGAAGAAAACUUGCAUUGGAAUACCCAGUGGAAAGUAACAAAGAAAUAUCGGUAAGACUCGGCUCAAUGUGGAAGAAUCUAGAUGCAGAUUCCAAGGAAACUUAUUACUCUGCGGCUAGGAAAGCAGACGAAGAGCACAAAGUAAAAUACCCCGGAUAUUACUACAGUCCCAAGGAAGCUAGGAUAAAGAAAGGUCUAAAGCGAAAGGCUAUAGCUGCUGGAACGUCAACGCCUGUUGAUGCCUUGCGCUUUGUAAAGGUCUACAUGACCUCUGCGGAGAAAGCUAACUUAGAGGCAAAGUCGGUAUCACUCUUCCGAGAACUACUACCUAAACCUGACGACCAAGAGAUGGAAACGUUAGAACAGGACACCUCGACUGAAACCGAUGUGAACGGAAUAAUGUCUGUAGAAGACGGCAAACAGGUUCCCGAUAUGGAUUCGGAAGCUUUGCUGGAGGUUGUGUAAAAGUAGCUCAAUAGAAUAUGUAGAAUCGGUACCUGAUGUAUUAGCUGUGUAAAUAACAUUACUGUGCAGGAUCUAAACGAGGUGUAAGUACUGGAACUGUCAAGCAAAGGUAGCUUAGGUAGAGCAUCUACUAAACAUGUUGUGUAGAAUGAGAUGUAUGGUGUUUAUACUGUUGGGGUCCAGCUUUCACUGGAUACGUUCCACACCAUAGGUACGUAAUUAUACCGGUUAUAAUGCAAAAGCUAAACUAAGUUAUGAUUAACUAUGUAAAAAUCAUGCCUGUCCAGUUGAUUUUAAGACAGUAACCAAAUAAACCAAUUGUUAUUAUGUGUAUAAACUAUUAUAAUCAUCAUGAUCGUUAAAAUCGUUAUCAUCAUUAUAUUUGUUAUAAUCAAAGCAAAUCAAUAUUUAAACUAUUUGAACUCCAAUAAUGAUAGUUUGUGAUUCCAAAUAUCCAAAAAAUUAAUCAUGUCCCCAAGCAAACAUAAUACUGGUAUGUACUAUUAACAACACCAGAAAAUAUUCCACAAAGGAAGGCAGCACCCUGACACAGAAUUGCCUUUUUGUAUAUUUGAUUUUUUUAACUAUACAUUUAGGUCUGAGUGAUUUGUAUAUCACAUGUAGAUAGAGGUCGUAACCUCAUCCUACGAAAGUGUCUUUACCUUCAGUUAAUGGGACCCCAACAGGUUAGGUGUUUGUAGUUGAUUUCUGCAAUGCUUUGCCAAUUUAAUCAAUAAAAGGUUACAGUACCUGCAGACUGCCUUGUGGGUUUUUGCAGGUACUGUAACCUUUUAUUGAUUAGCUAACGUGGUUUAGAAAAACAACUACAUUAUGAAAUUUGCCAAUUUUAUAGGUUCAUUUUGUAGGUGAAAUGUGCAGGUGCGUUUCAAUAUGCUCAGAGAAUAGUUUCCUCUUCAGUUUAAAUUGGACCUAGUGAUGCCAUCCAAGGCUGUAUAUUGUAUUUUUUUUCAUCAAAGUAUGAAGUAAGUUUGGAAUUGUAAAGGUAUUUCUUGGAUUAGAAAAUUGUGAUUUUUUUAAGUUUUCCAAAAUAUUGCUUAUUAUAUUACCUACAAUGGUAUGGAGUAGAAAAAAGAUCAAUGAAAUCAUUUCAAUAUCAAAUCUUAAUUCAAAUUUCGUACCGAUACUUUACAUUUAUAUUUUUUAUGUUAUGUUUUAUGUUGUCUUUAAUUUUUUUUGUUUUAUAAUCACUUUUUGAUAAUCAGUGAGUGGAUUAUGUAUUUUUUUAUAUCCUAGUCCUCUUGACUGUUAAUUUUCAAUUUGUUAAAAAAUCAGAUCACAAAAGAAGUCUGUAACAGCUAAGACACAUGUAGUGUGUACGCCUAUAAACUAUUUUGUUUGAAAAUAUUUCAUAGCUUUACCGUCUUUGUUUACAUGUUUUACUUUCUUCUGUUUGAAAUUUCAUCAAGCUUUUAGGGUCCUUAUUGAUGAAUACAGAGUACCUAUUUAAAGAGUUUCCUUCAUUUCAAGAAAGUUUCCAAAGGCUGGUAUAAAGAAUGAGCAUAUUUGAUUAACAUCUCACAAAAAGGUCUUGAAUUGUAUUUUGUCAGUCAAUAAUGAGAAUUUAUCUUUGCAAUAUGCAACUCCAGAAGUCCUUAAAAACUGUUUGGUUAUGUUAAGCUUAGUAAUCUUCCUGAUUCAAUUGUAUUUAAACAAACAAGACACAAAAUUAACAUAACAAAAUAAUGAAUCUCUGUUAGUAGCUCCUCUAUGCCUAUACUGUUUAUAAUCCAACCUUGCAUAGAGGUUAGAGAUUUCACUUGCAACCAGGGUAAUGGUUAGAAUCUGUCUCAGGAAGUACUCUAGUUCUAGAUGGCCUAUGGUUGGGUCCGUGUCUUAACCCGUGUAUUGUUCCCCAGUGCCUCAGUCAAGCGGCAGUAAUAAAGGACUGGCCUGGGAAACAACACCUGGCUUAGGACACGGACCCAACCAUAAAACUAAGUUACCAUGGUAAAAUAACCUAACUUCACACCUCAGUAGGUACUCUGUGAUCAUGAGUUCCCUUUAUAGCCAAUAAUGGCAAUAAUUCAUCAAUUUGUACUGUUGUACACCACCCAUUACCACCUAGUACUCAUCCAUGUAGCAUUAGUUCCUAUUUAGCACCAAAUUAUAUGGUAUAACUGCCCGACACCCAACUUGUGUGUUGUGGCUGGAACGUUUUUCUGCUCACAAAAAAUCGGUAGUUCAUACAACACUUAACCAAUGAAAAAAUGGCACCAUCCAAUUUUUUUAUAAACAAAAUUUGUUUUUCCUACAGUUACCUAACAAUGUACAUGUUCUCGCACUGAUUUGAGAAAGCAAAGUGGCCAAUUCGCUCAUCAGUGAGACAAUGUUAACAUUGUCUCACUCCAGAUUUGCAACAUGAAGGCACAAAAGUGUCCAAUUCGCUCAUCGGUGAGACAAUGUUAACAUUAUCUCACUCUCAUUACUUUGUCUCACUCCAGAUUUGCAACGUGAAGGCACGUUUCUUUACCAAUUUAUUUGUUUUAUGUUAACUGUAGGAAAAAUAUAAUGCAACUCGAGUGCAAAGUGCAAUAGCCUCGCUCGAGAAACCAUUCCUCACUCGCCUACGGCUUGUGAGUAAGGAUUUCUCUUGAGUGAGGCAAUUGCUCACUUUGCUCAAUAGUUGCACAAAUAACUAUUGUUCUUACCAAAAUGUUUUUUUUUUAAGAUUAUAAAGUUAUUUUUCAAAGCUGCCACCUCUUAGUAAUCAGGGUGUCAUUUGAAGAACUUUAAUAGGUUGAAUUUUGUAAUACACCACUGUUCGGUGUCUGGAAGUUUUACCAAUUAUACAUCACAACUAUUGUAAAUUGAAUUUAGUUUAUCUACCUUCAUGAACUUAAGGUAGUCAUACACCUUAAAUGAAUUUGUCUGUUUUUUUCUGUCCAUGUGAAAACUAAACUACGUCGUGUAGGCACAUUAUGUGAUACUAUACUUUGAGAUUGUCUCAAAUGAAAAAAGAUAUUUUAAAAACUAAGAUUCUAUCAAUUUAUUGCUAUGGUAGGAACCAGAUGGACCUAUUACUUGUGUAGUACUGUAGUACUAGUCCAAGCUGAAUAGCUGUUAAGAAUGUGCUAGCCACCACAGUGUCACAAAGGUUUACAUCUAGUGACUUAUAUGUCUUGGACAUUCCAACACAAUGUCACAAGUGAUUUUGUGGAUGGUGGAACUUUUUACUGUACUGUAAAAAACAUGCAAGGCUUGUCACACACUGCCACCGGUACGGUAAAAUCGGAUCAGGCUUCAGGAAAAUUCGGAAACCAUUUAAAGACCAUGCAUUCAAAUGGAAGUCCCUAGACUGCAUGCGGUCAGGUUCGGUCCGCUAAGAUUUUUUUGGUUGGAAAGCGAUAGGCUUCGGAGAGCUUGCACAUGCGCAGAUGACUUCUACUCAUCAUUUUAUUUUACUAUUGAUGUUUCUAGAAGAGAGAAGUUCCAUAAAUGUCUCGAAACUCAUUCGGGAGUACUAGAAAAACUUUUUAUUGUCCUUAAUCAAACGGGGAAACAAGGUAUAAAAUUCUCUCUCAUAUUUUUCUCUACUAGAGUUUGUACUUUGUACUAUGUACCCACAACCUCUUCUGUUGCCGAUACUCUUCCUCAUCCGAGGCAAGAGCUGCUGCAACUACAAAGAUCUCUUCUUCACUGUCACUUUCACUCAUUGCUUCGAAAAAUUUGGUUAACCAUCUAAUUUGUUGUUGGCAAAAAAUUCUCCAACUCACAGCACCACUGUCCUCUCAUAGACCGGUUGCCGGAACUGGAAUGCCUGAUGCAGUGUGUGGAGAUUUGACGGAUACGGCUGAUCAUAAUUUACUGGACCGAACGCAGUGUGUGACAAGCCUAACAUGGAAAACAUACAAAUUUCUUGCCAAUCAGUUCCACAUCUGAUGCCCUUAGUCGUACUGUUCAGUUACUUUGAUGGUUUCCAUACAUCAGUGAUGUCAAGUUGAAGUCAAUCAUAGUGAGCAGUGAGGACUGUAGUUGUAUGAUUAAGUUAGUUGUUGCCAGUGUUCUACCAUUUGUUAACAUUUUAGGAACUAAUCUCCUAAAACGUUUCUAUGUGAAAUGCCAAUUUUGAUUUUGACGUUACUUGUAAGUGAUAAGAACAAGGUUUUUGUCACAAUUAAUUUUUUCCCUGUGUGGCUUAUUUGCUCAUUUAGUAGGCCUAUACCGUUUAUAUAUAUUUGAGUUUUAUACAUCUGGUAUUUUAAAUUUAAAUACACGCCUAUAUUUUUGCAAUAGUAGUUACUUGUGUAGUUAUAUUUAUUUGGCUGAUAGUUGUAUUAUUAAGAUUAAAACUGGGGAUUUGAUGAAAAAAUAUUGUAAAAUAAGCAUGCAUGUUUUAACAAUUUUAAUAUUUGCAAAAGCUAAAGCAACACUAGUUAGAACUCACUGUUAAUUUUAAUUAAGUACGUGCUUAGUUUGUCUUAAAGAUUUUUAUUUUUGAGCUCUAUUGUUGUACAAAAAUGUUGCAAAUCUGGGGACAGAGGUUAGAUUCUUCAGGGAUAAAUCAUAUUCACCAAAAAAGGUUAUAAAUGUAUAUAUACAUAUUAAGUUUGAGCUAACAUUUUGUUGUAAAAUUGAUGUAUUAGGCUACUUCGAGUAUUUUAUCAAUGUAAACUCAAUUUUGUUAAAUACAUUUGAAUUAGUGUUCUAUCCUAGACGAAAACGAAGGUAAUUUUUGUAUUUUACAUAUCAUAUUUUUUCAAACCAUCAUAUUAAGUCAUGAUUACAAUUGAUUAUUUAAGAGUGAACUUUUAGUUUAUUAUGAGUGUGCCAUUAUUGUUGCUGUUUUAGCAGGACCUUCCUAUUGUUAUUCAAUAAAAA